GCCACAUUUUAUCCCAAUCUCCCACUUUUUCCAAUGACCAAAUAAUUUCCUAUCCCAUUUUGUUCUUCUUCUCUUCUUCUUCUGUUCUUUUUCCAAACGAAACCUGCAAGAUUCAGAGGAAAAAUGUCAGUAGCAUCAUCAUCAAUCUCAUCCAUCAAAAUCCCAAACCCAUUAUCGCCCCCACCUUCUUCCUCUUUCGCUUUGAUGCGGUUCUCUAAGGCCAGGCCCGUAAUACUUACAAUAAGGAGCUCUCAAGCUGAAGGCCCUUUAAGAAGGCCUGGGGCUCCUACGCCUGCAAAGCCAGCCUCACCCUCUCGGCCGCCAUCUCAGCCGAGCUCUCCUCCCACGCCAGGGGCAGUGGAGGGCAAGAGUGUAAUUACCAUCGAGUUUCAGAGGCAAAAAGCUAAGGAGUUGCAAGAAUAUUUCAAGCAGAGAAGGGCUGAACAACUAAACCGGGGCCCUUUAUUUGGGUUUAUUGCUAAGAAUGAAAUCUCCAAUGGCAGAUGGGCAAUGUUUGGAUUUGCUGUAGGAAUGUUAACGGAGUAUGCCACUGGCUCCGACUUUGUUGAUCAAGUGAAGAUCCUUCUCUCAAAUUUUGGAAUACUAGACUUGGAAUGAGGCUGGCUGUCAAUACUCGGAGUUGUUCAUCUGCAAUACUUUCAUUGUUUCAUGUAUUCUAUCACUGUAGUCAUUCAUUUGUUGUAGUUUCACUUCAACGCGCCUUUUGAGCUCUAAAAAGGCACACAAACAGUAUUUUCUUUGACAAAACUGAAAUUUACAAGUGACCUUGUGUGGGAUUAGGCAAAACAUUUGCAGGAUUAUGUGCUGUGAAUUCGGUGAAAAGGGGAACCUUAGCUCCUAGGGGAUAUUUUAGGAAAAAUUGUGACUAGCUUUGCUUAUGAUGAGGUUUAGCUCUCAAGGGAGGGAGGGACCCAAAAUUUGACCUGGAGUAUUACCUCAUCAGUCGCACAUUGCAAGUGAAAUACCAACUCUAUAAAAUGUAAAAAAAGUCGUAUUCACAUCAAGUUGCAGUAGUGAUUUUUC